UUGUUUAUAAUCGUUGCAAGCCAGUAAUAAUCCUCCUACAUACCAAGAACGAACAACGUGCAUUUUAAAUAAAUCGCAAAAUUUUCACUAAAAUGGAAAAGAAAUUUGUAAUUCGAAAUUCCCUUGCGACCGAUGCAUUCCAACAUCCUCAAACGAGAAAUAUUUACAACAUGUGCGCCAUCGUCUUCGUGGGUCUUUCUUUCUACACAUUAGGAAGAGAAUACUUGACAACUGGAAGAGUAACUUUUGGCUUUGAAGUAAUAAAAGCAAGCUUCGUCCACCUGGAUAAAGCCAUCUUCGUUUGGUUGUGUUGCUUUGCGUCAGCUUGUGCACUGUUCUUCAUUUUUAAAGUGUGGUUGAGUCUUAGAGCGUGUACAGGAGGUUUGGCCACAGUUUUCGAUUGGUUCGGAUUUCUCUGCUUAGCUUUGUACUAUUUUUACAGCUUCAGAUUAGUCACUGAUGCAAUACGCUACUUCAACUUCAAUUUCUCUUGCAUACUUAUCAUAAGUCUGGAACAGCCUCGCUUGUUAAUGAAAGUCCACGCUUUCGUGCGAACCAAAGCUUCAGAAGAACUUCCUCGUCUCUCUUUUCCUAACUACCUAUAUUUCCUUUUCGCUCCGACUCUCAUCUACAGAGACGCGUACCCUAGAAAUAAAACCAUCAACUGGAAAUUUGUCGCUCAGUGUCUCCUGGAAUUCGUUACUGGUGUUUUCGCAUUAACUUUCUGCGUCGAGAACUGUUUCCCACCUUCAGAAAGAUGGGCACAAAAAUUUACCGUAAACGAGGUGUUACUCGUGAUUGUGGAGAUAAUAGGAUAUGCAGCGAUAUUGCUAGUGUGUCCAUUCUUCAUAGUGUUCCACUCGUUUCACAAUUUCUUUGCCGAGAUUCUUCAGUUUGGAGACCGUUUGUUCUAUUUAGAUUGGUGGAACGAACACACCGUUAACGGGUGGUUGGUGAAAAAUGACAAGGUCGUGCAGGACUGGUUGUAUUAUUACGUUUACCGAGAUUUCAGGAAACAUAUUUAUGACAAUGCUUUACUAGCAAAAUUGACGGUGUUCUUGUUGUCUUUUGUUGUGCAUGAAUGGGUUGUAUUUUGUUGCACUGGUGGACUUGUUCCUGUAAUAUUUUUUGUGUUUGUGGUUGUAGGAAUUCCCCUGACAUUCUUUGAUAUUCCUAAAAACAUUCUCUCUGUAGUUGUUUUCUGGUGUUCACUUAUUCUGUUUUCAGCAAUCGGAUUCGUAUUUUAUACCCUGGAAUGGUACGCUCGUUGGAAAAACCCUCUGGAAGAUCCAACGCUUUGGGAAUCACUUGUUCCUAGAUUUUUAACGUGUAACUGUGUAUUAAAAAUCUAGGUACUUGUUUGGGAAUAGAUGGAAUUGUACUUCCGGUACUUCCAUUGUAUAUGUUACGGGAAACUUUAAUAUUACAAGUACUUAACGGGGUUAAGUUUAUAAUAAAGGUGUUGAAGUG